AUGCUUUCAAUUUCGGCAAGAAGCGUAAUCUCGAAAAAUUUAUUCUCAAAAAAUUUAUUUGGUAAAAAUGUAUUAUUACAUAAAUCAAUUCAAAGAAAUUACAAUCCUUUCAUUACCAAUAAUAAUAAUACCUUGUACGCGAGAUCAAAAAUAAAUUGCUACAAUUUAAAUAAUUUAAAUUCGAAAACAUCAUUUCACAGUAGUUCACAGGCAGCGAUAAUACCCGUGUUACCAACGAUAUUAUUUUCAGCACCAUUAUGCGUACCAUAUUUCUUGGCGUUAAGAUUAGCGGCUUCCAAAACGCUCUCCCCACCGAUUUGUACUAAAUUAUCGUAUUUAUUCGGAUCCGCAUUAUUAGCGGUACCGACAAUGUUCUUGUUUACUUCUGAUACGGCCCCGAAUACCUUUAGGAAAAGACACAUGCUAUUAUGGCCAUGGGAAGAUCAAAAGCUAAUCCGUAAAGCUAAUGAAUGCGUAGAAAAUGUUCUCACAUCCGAAGAAAUCGUAUCAGUGAACGACGUUAGAUAUAAAUUGAUUGAACAUAUAAUGAAUCGGCUUUGGGAAAAUAACAAUGACUUGAUUCAAAAAGAUGACGUAAAAAAACCAACCUUUUAUUUGAUUAAAAAUGAUGAACUGUUGGAUGGUGUGUCUUAUCCUUGUUCCACCAUAACCUUAACCACCUGUUGGUUGCGUUUGGUAGAUUAUGAUGAGGAUUUAUUGGCCGUGGUGUUAUCUCAUGAGAUUGCCCAUAUUAUACAAAAUCAUGCUUCCGAAUUUUAUGGUUUAUCCUUCACCCUUAAGGCAUUAACUCAAUUACGAGAAUUUCUUAAUACUAUCAUAAGCAUUAUCCCUGGAAUGAAUAGAGAGUCGAAUUUGUCGAGACCUUCGGUUUAUUUACAAAAACAUUCUCAGUUAUUAGAACAAGAAGCCGAUUUGUUAGGUCAAGUAAUCAUGGCCAAUGCUGGUUACGAUCCGGCCAAGGCUAUCGAAUUAUGGGAAUUAAUGUGUAACAUAUCCUCGCCUAAAGUUCCCGAUGAUUCCCAUGAUGAUGAUGGUCAUGGUGUACGUCAUUCAUCGGAAAAUUUCGAGGAAAAUCCUUCUUUUAAAUAUCAUCCUACUAGAGAGCAAAGGGUUAAAUAUCUCACUGAAAAUUUAAUUAGUGUACAAAAAAUUUAUGAUGAAAAGACUAAAUCUAUUGCUAGUAAGAAUAAGGAAUUUGAAAGAGAUUUAGGUUUAAGAAGAUUAGAAUUAACCGUAAGCGCCAUAUUUGGAAAGCGUUAA